AUGGGUAAAAAAGGAAAAAAAGCUGCGUAUGCCGACUGGGAAGAUGAUUUGGGACAAGAUAUAAGUGGCCAAAAUGAAACUUCAACUCAAAAUGCUGAGGAAGUCAACGAAACAGGUGAAUUGAAAGAAGUCGAAGAUCCGAACGCUUCCUCAAACAAAAAGUCAAAGAAGAAAAAGGGCAAAAAGAAUCAAGAAGAACUGCCACUUGAAGAAAAAGAACCGGUUGACGAAGAGGAAGCUCCAAGUGGUCCUGUCGAGUUGUCAGCUGUCACUGAAUUAGACGAUGAUGAAUUUGCAUACGAAAAACCUAAGAAAGGGAAGAAGAAUAAGAAGCAGCAGGUUGAAGAAGAAGAAGAAGCAGAAGAAUCCCCUGUUGCUACUCCCUCUGUUCAUAUAAAGUCUAAAAAGGAGAAGGAACGUGAAAAGAAAGAACGUGAGAAGCUGAAAAAGAAACAACAGGGUAAGAAGCAACCUUCCACAAAGGAAGAAUUGACACCUGGUUCUGAGGAAGAAUCUGUCAAAUCGGCUGCUGUUUCUGAAUCUGAUUCUGCAAAGGGCAAACAAGGUAAGCGUAAAGGACCCAAUGUCGCCGCUCUCCAAAAGAUGCUCGAAGAAAAGAAGGCCCAAGAAGAAGAAGAACGUAAACAAUUAGAAGAGGAAGAGCGGUUGGCAGAGGAAGAGAAACGUUUAGCCGAAGAGGAAGAACGCCAAAAGGAGGAGGCUAAAGAAAAGAAGAAAGAAAAAGAAAGGAAGAAGAAAGAAGAACUUAAAGCUCAAGGAAAGUAUGUUUCCAAAAAACAAAGAGAGCAACAAGCUCAAGCUCAACGUCGUUUACAACAAAUGUUGGAAUCAGGUGUUCAAGUCUCUGGUCUCUCCGAAAAAGCAAAGAAACCAAAGCCUGUCUACACUAAUAAAAAGAAGUCUAUCAAGAGUGGAUCGUCUUCUUUAUCUUCUUCUGGUAUAAUUGAGCCCACUUCUUCUACUGCUUCCGCUCCUGUUUCCGGUGUAGAAUCACCUGCUCUUCCUGAAGAGUCCAAGUCUGUGGAAAAGACAAAAGAAGAAAAGAAGGAGGAGGCAGAUGCUGUUUUUGACGAUUGGGAGGCGGCUUUGGAACAGCCAGAGCCCGAACAAAAACCAGAGCCCGAACCCAAUCAUGAGGAGGUUAAAGAAGAACAGCCUGCUGCAAAUGACAAGAAAACGGAUGCUCAAAGAGAUAGCUCGGAAUUUCCUGAAGCUGCUCCAGUUGAAUCCGAACCUGUCAACAAUCUUCGCUCUCCCAUUUGCUGUAUCCUUGGACACGUCGAUACUGGUAAAACUAAACUGUUGGAUAAUUUGCGUCGCAGUCAUGUGCAAGAAGGAGAGGCUGGUGGUAUUACUCAACAAAUUGGUGCUACUUACUUCCCUAUCGAAUCAAUCAAACAAAAGACUACUCCCGUUAAUAAGAAGGGUAAGUUAGAGUUUAAUAUACCUGGCUUGUUGAUUAUUGAUACACCUGGUCACGAAUCUUUUACCAAUCUUCGUUCACGUGGUACUUCUCUUUGUAAUAUCGCCAUUCUUGUUAUUGAUAUCAUGCAUGGUUUGGAGCCUCAAACUAUGGAAUCCAUUCGUCUUCUUCGUGACAAUAAAACACCUUUUGUUGUUGCUUUGAACAAGGUCGAUCGUCUUUACGGUUGGCAUUCAAUCAAGGAAAAUGGAUUUCAAGACAGUUUGUCUAAGCAAAAGAAAGCCAUCCAGCGUGAGUUCAGGGAUCGGGUUGACAGCAUUAUUUUGCAGUUGAAUGAACAGGGACUCAAUGCUGCUCUAUAUUUUGAAAAUAAAAAGAUGGGCAGUUACGUCUCUCUUGUUCCCACUUCUGCUCAGUCAGGGGAAGGUGUUCCUGAUUUAGUAGCCCUUUUGGUUGCUUUGACUCAAACCCGUAUGUCUGAACGCAUCAAGUAUAUUUCAACUCUCGAAUGUACAGUUUUGGAAGUUAAAGUUAUUGAAGGUUUGGGUGCUACGAUUGAUGUCAUUCUUUCAAAUGGUGUAUUGCGAGAAGGUGACCGGAUUGUACUUUGUGGUAUGGCAGGCCCUAUCAUCACAACUGUUCGUGCUCUUUUAACGCCGCAACCCAUGAAAGAAAUGCGUAUUAAAUCAGCAUAUGUUCAUCAUAAGGAAAUUAGAGCUGCGAUGGGUGUGAAGAUUUGCGCUAAUGACCUUGAUAGGGCUGUUGCUGGUUCUCGUUUGCUUGUUGCUGGACCUGAAGAUGAUGAAGAAGAUUUGGCUGAUGAGCUAAUGGGAGACCUUGAUGACCUAUUGGGAAGUAUAGAUACUUCAGGUGUUGGUGUUUCUGUCCAGGCUUCUACUUUGGGUUCUUUGGAGGCUCUGCUUGAAUUUUUAAAGCAGAUGAAGAUUCCGGUAGCAUCAGUCAAUAUUGGACCUGUUUACAAAAAGGACGUUAUGAAGUGUGCUACCAUGGUAGAAAAGGCUAAAGAGUAUGCUUUACUUCUUUGUUUCGAUGUUAAAGUAGAUCAUGAUGCUGAGCUAUUAGCUGAUCAGUUGGGCGUUAAGGUUUUCUCUGCUAAUGUAAUUUAUCAUCUUUUCGAUGCUUUCACUGCCCAUCAAAACAAAAUCAUGGAUCAGAAGCGAGAUGAAAGUUCCGAUGUUGCGGUUUUCCCUUGUGUGUUGAAUACUAUUGCUGCAUUCAACAAGCGUGAUCCUAUUAUUUUGGGUGUUGAUGUUGUUGAGGGUGUUUUACGCAAAGGUACACCUAUUGUUUCUGUUAAAGGUGCUCCGGGCGAGGAGCCUCAAGUAAUUGAACUGGGACGUGUUGUCAGUUUGGAAAUGAAUCACAAACCCGUUGAAAGGGUCAAGAAGGGUCAAGCUGGUGGUGGUGUUGCCAUGAAACUGGAAGCUGGUGGUGGUUCACAGGUAUUGUUCGGUCGUCACGUUACAGAAACUGAUACCCUGUAUUCACAUAUCACCCGUGAAAGUAUAAAUGCGUUGAAGGAUCCUGUCUUCCGAAACGAGGUUCACAGAGAUGAAUGGCAAUUGAUCAUUCAACUCAAAAAGGUUUUUGGUAUUAUCUGA